GGGAGGACUCUUACUGUUAAGGGACUUUUCAUUUUAAGGCCUGUAACUGAUAAAGGAUGAACGCGAAUUCUCCUUGGGGCUGGGUCUCUUGAUCUGCGUAUCUUUCCCCCUCUAGGUUCUUGGUUUUGCAAGAGGCGGGUUACUGUAGACGUUUUGCCUGCUGCAGGAGAAUAUGCCUCCUGUGACUUUUAAUACACAGAGCCGUGAUGUCCUUCUGUAAGUCUGACGGAGAAAAACGGUUCUCCAAAGGACACUAGGUUUUUGUUUUGUUUUUGGUUCGUGCCCAAUGGCUUCCAAAAAUACCCAGGCCUUAUCUUUAUUGGCCCUUCCAGAAGUCCAGACAAAUUUGACGGGCAGCUGGCUUAUCGUGGGGGAGCCUGCGCAGGGGAGAUGCGAGCCUCGCCGCCUCCUCUCAGCCUGACCCGGGUCUUUUGCAAGAGGUUGUGCGUGGUCAUAGAGUAAUAACAACGAUAAUAAUAACGGGACCUUCCACAGCUGAGAACGGAGGUGCUGGAAGCUGGACACUGGGGCCCAGCUGCGCCCUCCUGUCACUAGAAUUGUACUUCCAACCUCUCUCUCUCUCUCUCUCUCUCUCUCUCUCUCUCUCUCUCUCUCUGUUUCCUGGCCUCAGAGCAGGACCCUGCUCGGGCACAGGGCGCCAGGCACACCAUGGCCGACGCAGACGAGGGCUUUGGCCUGGCACACACUCCCCUGGAACCUGAUUCGAAGGAUCUACCCUGUGAUUCCAAGCCCGAGAGCACGCUAGGGGCCCCCAACAAGUCUCCGUCAUCCCCGCAGGCCGCCUUCACCCAGCAGGGCAUGGAAGGGAUCAAGGUGUUUCUCCACGAAAGAGAACUGUGGCUGAAAUUUCACGAAGUCGGCACAGAAAUGAUCAUAACCAAGGCCGGAAGGCGGAUGUUUCCCAGUUACAAAGUGAAGGUGACGGGCCUUAACCCCAAAACGAAAUACAUCCUCCUCAUGGACAUCGUUCCCGCGGAUGACCACAGAUACAAGUUCGCAGACAAUAAAUGGUCUGUGACGGGCAAAGCAGAGCCCGCUAUGCCGGGCCGCCUUUACGUGCACCCAGACUCGCCGGCCACUGGGGCACACUGGAUGCGGCAGCUGGUCUCCUUCCAGAAACUCAAGCUCACCAACAACCACCUGGACCCAUUCGGGCACAUUAUUCUAAAUUCCAUGCACAAAUACCAGCCCAGAUUACACAUCGUGAAAGCAGAUGAAAAUAAUGGAUUUGGCUCAAAAAAUACUGCGUUCUGCACCCACGUCUUUCCUGAGACCGCCUUUAUUGCGGUGACUUCCUACCAGAACCACAAGAUCACCCAAUUAAAGAUUGAGAAUAAUCCCUUCGCCAAAGGAUUCCGGGGCAGUGACGACAUGGACCUACACAGAAUGUCAAGAAUGCAAAGUAAAGAAUAUCCCGUGGUUCCCAGGAGCACAGUAAGACAGAAAGUAGCCUCCAACCACAGUCCUUUCAGCAGUGAGCCUCGAGCUCUGUCCUCCUCGUCCAACUUGGGGUCCCAGUACCAGUGCGAGAAUGGUGUAUCCGGUCCCUCCCAGGAUCUCCUGCCCCCGCCCAACCCAUACCCACUGCCCCAGGAGCACAGCCAGAUUUAUCACUGCACCAAGAGGAAAGAUGAAGAAUGUUCUACCACGGACCACCCGUAUAAGAAGCCCUACAUGGAGACGUCGCCCAGCCCCGAGGACCCUUUCUACCGCUCCGGCUACCCCCAGCAGCAGGCCCUGAGUGCCUCCUACAGGACAGAGUCGGCCCAGCGGCACGCCUGCAUGUAUGCCAGCUCUGUGCCCCCCAGCGAGCCGGUGCCCAGCCUGGAGGACAUCAGCUGCAACACGUGGUCCGGCAUGCCUUCCUACAGCAGCUGCACGGUCACCACGGUGCAGCCCAUGGACCGGCUGCCCUACCAGCCCUUCUCCGCUCACUUCACCUCGGGGCCCCUGGUCCCCCGGCUGGCUGGCGUGGCCAACCACGGCUCCCCGCAGCUCGGAGAGGGAAUGUUCCAGCACCAGCCCUCCGCGGCCCACCAGCCCGCGGUCAGGCAGUGCGGGCCUCAGACUGGCCUCCAGUCCCCCGGCGGCCUUCAGCCGUCCGAGUUCCUGUAUCCUCACGGCGUGCCGAGGACCCUGUCCCCACAUCAGUACCACCCUGUGCACGGGGUCGGCAUGGUGCCAGAGUGGAGCGAGAACAGCUAAAGGGAGGGCUGCUUCGUCACAGACGUUGGCCGGGGAGAGACAGAGAGAGAGAGAGAGCGCGGGAGACAGACGGAAGCAGAGAGGACCCCCGCGGGAGGCGUUUCUCCUCCGCAGUGUUCACGUCUGCCCUCGAGAGCCCUGGACGCUGAUCUAAUCAGUAGCUCGAAACCGCAAUGCAAAAAAGGUGACUUUGUCGUUUCAACACUUAAAAAAAAAAAAAGACAAAAAAAAAAAAAACAAACAAAAAAAACCAAGAUGCACCCCACCUGCCACGACCACUCCACGCGUCGGCCGGCCAUGUUCACGCCUCCUCCGGGAGUCCUCCGUGAUUCCUUCUUUUGGCCUCCAAAAGGCCUUUGCCUUAUCGAGGGUUUUAGCCUAAAGGUGUGGCUGGAGUCUUUCCUGUCUCAGUGUUAAUGUUGACGUUGUUAUAUAAUAAAUAAUAAUAUAUUUUUUCUUUCAAUUUUCUUAAUGGGACCCAGUCCCUUAUGGGGGGGGAGGGGGGGAGGUCUGAGGCAAGUGUGUUUCCUAUGUGUACCUGUGGGGGUUCCCCUCACAUACACCACGGCCGGAACCGGAGAUUCGCCACCCUGCCCUUGACUAAGAAAUUACCUACCUCUGCCACGUGAUGUUCUCGAGAAAGUUCCCUACGUCCUGGCCUUUGUCCGACUUUUCCCACCUUGCCGGGCCUCGCGGAGCCCCGCUUGGCCCUUCUUCUUUACCAGCGGGGUCAGCAUAGCGUUGCACUCCGUCUGGCCUCCUAUCUUACUCAGCCCUCCCGUCGUCCCAGCUCUGUGUCUUUCCAGCCGUCUGUCGCUAAGACGUGGCCUAUAGCUUCCCGACCGGAAAGCUUGCUUUGAAAAACUUAAAAAGCCUUGGGUUACACGCGGGCAGAACUGUGAUAAGCCAGGAGCAAGCUCUGUGCCGACAAGCGUUGCAAAAAGGCCAAAGCAAAUAUUCGUCCUGAUAAAACACAAAGCCAGCCCCAAGCUUCCAAAUGUCCGUCACCGUCGCCGGCGACCCGGCCCGGACGCCACGCGAGGCCCGCCGUUCCUAGAGAAAGGGCGAGACGUGCUCGCCGAUUGGUUUUCUCCAAAGCGAUCAUACCAACGCCAGAUGCCGACACCAAACUGUGGUUAUUGAAAGCAGAAAACAGUAUUAAAAAAAAAAAAAUAAGCGUGUAAGUAAAAUGUUAUUGCAGGGUUCUUCAGAUGUAAUAUUUUACUGGUACUAUUUAUUUAUAAAUAGGAAUUCUAAUUAAGUAAUAACAUGAAAUGAAAUCCAGCAUGGGAGCUGGCCAAGAGCUUUUAAUUUUAUGAAUACUCAAAACCAAGUUUGCGUUUUUUUUUUCUUUCGA